CUCAAACUUGCCCAGUCUUUAUCUUCCGAAGAAAAUGUCAGUUUUUCUUGGAAAUAUAAAAUAGAAUAAAAUAAUUCGUAUAAAUCCAAACGUUGUCAGACGUUGAUGGUACAGCUUACGGUACUAGGUGGCUUAGUCGAUGAACCCUAACUCGUAGGUAGAAUAUGCUCAGUGACGAUUAAAAGAACCGACGAAAUUCAAACAGUUAUCGGAGAAAUGGCAUAUUGAUGUUUUGACGGAGUUCGGGGCUUGCUCCGAUUCCGUCUCGAGUCAGCCUGGCAAUUCAGUUUCGGCUGAUUGUUGGGAUUGGCUCAACAGAGUUAAUUCAAAAAUUAGUUGAUUGAAAUAUUUCUUUCUGUUCUAAUUUUCGAUAUUUUUGGUACGAAAAAGAUCGGAUUUCAUCAGAACAUGUCAGAAUAUUUUUAAAUUGCAUAUUCGAUGCAAAAAUUCAGCAAGUUCCUAUAUCCAUGUAUAAAACAUGUAGCAGUUCGAAGAAGCGAUAGUAGAAAAACAGGGAAAGAGAAUCAUAUAGGCCUGUCUCUGUGUUUUUGGCUAACCGUGUUUGCUCCACCUAUCUCUCCUGUGUAUAGUAUGUCUGCGAGCGAGUAACCUAUUAAUCGUUAGUUGUCUUAUGAUCCAUUAUAAUCAAGUGGAAAUAAAGCGACUAAGGAGAAGAAGUUUAAAUACAAUAUUUCAUACUUAUCCGACAUGGUGAAAAAAUGUAUCAUUUGCAAAGCAAAGCCAAGUCCAAUUUCUGAUCGUACUUUUCAUCUGUUUCCUACAAACGAAUCCUUAAGGAAAAAAUGGCUUGAUGCAAUUAAUUUAAAUAAAGUUCCUAAUUUCAAAACUGCUUAUGUAUGUAGUGAACAUUUUGACGAUGAAUCAUUUCCAGGCUGUCAUGAACAAACAAUAAGACGGAGGCUUUCUUUGAUAGCAAUUCCAAACAGAAAUUUGUUUAAUCUGUCAUCAGAAAACGUGAUAAAAGAAUCAGUAGUAGGGAAUAUUAAUUGUGUCGAAAGUGGAAAAAGUAAUGAAAGUAAUAUAAUAGAAAGUGAAGAAAGUGACGAAAGCAAUGUAAUUUAUGUAAUAGAAAGUGAAAAAAGUGACGAAAGCAAUAUAAUAGAAGGUGAACAUUUACAAGAGAAUGCAUAUCAAGUGUCUGAAACAUUUAUAGAUACAGACAGAGAGGAAAUAAGAGUGCUCACGCCCGGGUUUUGCGUGUUCCCCAUACUAGUGCAGCCGGUGCAGCCUCCAACUGUUUUUUUACAGGGAUCUGACACCAUAAUGGAUAUAGGAACACAGGGAUGGAGCAUAAACCCGUAUUUUAGUCUAGGGGUGUGAAGCUGCUUUCGGGGUGAGGAGAAUACAGUCACAUGGUUUGUGGUGCGCAUUAAUGAUUGAUUGAAACAUAAAAGCGCAAAAGUUAAAAAUUGCACAUUGAUUGAAUUGAACUUUAUUACUUGUAUUACUAUAUAAUUACUAUAAUUAACUAAUAAAUAUGAAUAAAAAAGACAUAA